UGCUCCUGUGGGUGGGGGUCGGAGGGCCCAGGAGAGGGUUGGCUGCGGGGAGGAGAAAAGGGAGAGGACCGGCACCUGCAGUCAGCUUUGCCCUGGAAGAGCCGUGUUCUGAGCCGCUGGUCCUCGGGAGCACGGGUGCCUCUCUGUGCCUUGCGCUGGGCACAGGGUUUGGGGAGCCCAGGGCCUCUCUGCCACCAGCUCACAGACUCAAGGCUCUGCCCCAUCAGGGGUGAGGAUGGCUUGAACCGUCUCCCCCUAUGAGGUCUUCACCUCUUACGGAUGCUCAGGAUGUCCAUGAGGAGCCCUGGCUCUGCCCAGCUGGCCCCGGAUGGCGUGGGCACCAUGGUGAACUGCACUGUCAAGUCCGAAGGGAAGAAGGAGCCCUGCCAUGAGGCCCUCCAGGGCUCGGCCACCGCAGCUGAACCCCAGCCUGGAGACCCAGCCCGGGCUCCCCAGGACGGUGCUGACUCCCAAGCUCCAGCCCAGGAUUGCAGCUCCCCUGAGAGCAAUGGGUCCCCGGAACCCAAGAGACUGGGAGCUUCUGAGGCCGCCUCUGGAAGCCAGGAGAAGCUAGACUUCAACCAACAUUUAAAAGAAGUCGUGCCGGCCAUCGAGAAGCUGCUGUCCAGUGACUGGAAGGAGAGGUUUCUGGGAAGGAGCUCUGUGGAAACCAAAGAUGUCAAAGGAACCCAGGAGAGCCUGGCAGAGAAGGAGCUCCAGCUCCUGGUCAUGAUCCACCAACUGUCCACGCUGCGGGACCAGCUCCUGACGGCGCACUCGGAGCAGAAGAACAUGGCUGCCAUGCUGUUCGAGAAGCAGCAGCAGCAGAUGGAGCUGGCCCGGCAGCAGCAGGAGCAGAUCGCUAAACAGCAGCAGCAGCUGAUUCAGCAGCAACAUAAGAUCAACCUCCUCCAGCAGCAGAUCCAGCAGGUCAACAUGCCUUAUGUCAUGAUCCCGGCCUUUCCCCCGAGCCACCAGCCUCUACCUGUCACCCCCGAUUCCCAGCUGGCCUUGCCCAUUCAGCCCAUCCCCUGCAAACCAGUGGAGUACCCCCUACCGCUGCUGCACAGUCCCCCUGCCCCCGUGGUGAAGAGGUCCGGGGCUGUGGCUGCCCACCACCCCCUGCAGGAGCCCUCCCAGCCUCUGAACCUCACGGCCAAGCCCAAGGCCCCCGAGCUGCCCAAUGCCUCCAGUUCCCCCAGCCUGAAGAUGAACAACUGUGGGCCCCGCCCCCCCAGCCAUGGGGCCCCCACGCGGGACCUGCAGGCCAGCCCGCCCAGCCUGCCACUGGGCUUCCUUGGUGAAGGGGACGCUGUCACCAAAGCCAUUCAGGAUGCUCGACAGCUGCUGCAUGGCCACAGUGGGGCGUUAGAGAGCUCCCCCAACGCUCCCUUCCGCAAGGACCUCAUCAGCCUGGACACGUCCCCGGCCAAGGAGCGGCUGGAGGAGAGUUGUGUGCACCCCCUGGAAGAAGCCAUGUUGGGCUGCGACAUGGACGGCUCCCGCCACUUUCCUGAGUCCCGCAGCAGCAGCCACAUCAAGAGGCCCAUGAAUGCCUUCAUGGUGUGGGCCAAGGAUGAGCGACGGAAGAUCCUCCAAGCCUUCCCGGACAUGCACAACUCGAGCAUCAGCAAGAUCCUGGGCUCCCGCUGGAAGUCCAUGACCAACCAGGAGAAGCAGCCGUACUACGAGGAGCAGGCGAGGCUGAGCCGGCAGCACCUGGAAAAGUACCCCGAUUACAAGUAUAAGCCCCGGCCCAAGCGCACCUGCAUCGUGGAGGGCAAGCGGCUCCGGGUGGGCGAGUACAAAGCCCUGAUGAGGACCCGGCGCCAGGACGCCCGCCAGAGCUACGUGACCCCCCCCCAGGCCGGCCACCUGCAGAUGAGCUCUCCCGACGUCCUGUACCCUCGGGUGGCAGGCAUGCCCCUGGCUCAGCCCCUGGUGGAGCAUUACGUGCCCCGGAGCCUGGACCCCAACAUGCCUGUCAUCGUCAACACUUGCAGCCUCAGGGAGGAGGGCGAGGCCACGGAAGACAGGCACUCAGUGGUGGAGGGUGAGCUGUACCGGUACAGCGAGGACGAGGACUCGGAGGGCGACGAGAAGAGCGACGGGGAGCUGGUGGUGCUCACAGACUGAUCUGAGUGGGGUGGGCUCCUCCCGGGGAAGACCCGGCCCCCAGCCCAUGGGCGCAGCCAGCCGGCCUGGACUCUGUUGGUACUUGGACUUGGGCCUGCCCGGGAGAGGGGCACAGCUGUGCACUUGUAGAUAGCCUCCUGGGGGGAGAUGCCCCCCCACCAGCCCUGCGGCCGCGCCCAGGGAACUGCUGGCCUCACCGGGCAGGACCUGUAGAGUGGUUGGGGGCUGAGCGCCUUGGCCCAUGGGGCCCAUGGCCAGCAGACACUGUAUGACCCUCCCCUCCUGCAGGUCUCCUCACCCCAGGGGUAUGGCAGCUCCAGACCUGUCGCCCUGGGGCCACAUGCUUUGUUUCCAUUCUUGUCCUGGCUGGACCAGCCCCCGUAGGACCAACCCCGCCCCCCCAUGCCCCCCCCCCCUCCACUCCCACAUCGCUCCUCUAUCACAGGAUCACUUUGUGCAAAAAGGUCUGGCUGUCCCUCGCUGUCUCGAUCUUCUGCCCAGCCUGUCGUGCCUCUGGCUGCGGAGUAUAGAUGUGUGCGCGUGUUUGUGUGUGUGUGUGUGCGCACACGCACACGCGUGUUUCCAUCUGUUCACUCAUCGCGCGAGGUAUUUAUUGAGCACCUGCUCCGUGCCAGGCACUGUUGCUGAGUUCCUGUGGGUGUCUCUUGAUACCACUCUUGCUUCUCUGGGGGCCUCUCCGUGCUUCACUGUCCCCAAAUUGCUACCUCUUUGUCAGUCUGGGUGUCUCAGGUUCUGUGUGUCCUUGUGUGUGUUUCUGUCCUCGUUUCUCUGCAGGGCUGUUCUUCUGUCUCCCUUUCUUGGGGUCUGCGCCUCUGCCCUUUUGACACCGCUGGCCAGUCUGGGUUUCUGUAAGGCCCCUGGUCAGCCCCGGGGCCCACCAGCCGCCCUGACCUCCCCUGCCUGUCCCUUCACUCCCUCCCUGACUCUCCCCUGCCGGGCCGUUCCCACAGAGCCAUUUUUAGCUCAGAGCAACAUGGGAAUGUGCUCAGCCUCCAAGGGGCUCUGUCUUCGUGCCCCAGCCCCUGGUCCCAGCCUGAGUGCCGGGAGUUGGGGACAGGAGGAUUGAUGGUGCCCCCCUUCCUGACAGUUGACAGAAGCCCUGGAGAGCCAGGGCUCCUCAUGGCAGCUGGUGAGUAGGGAGUGGAAGGGGGGGCUCCCCAUUCUUGGGUUGGUGAGGAUAAGACUCUGCCCCUCUGCCUGCUCCUUUCCCCUCCCCCACUCAACUGGGGAACUUGCCUCAGCUCCUGCUCACAUGGACAAAUUAUUUCCCUAAGAAAAAUCCCACUGGCACCUGACUCCACAAAGAUCCUGAACAGCCCUUGGGUCAGGGUGGGAAGGGAACCCCAAACCCCACAGGGGCAGAUGUGGCAUCUGUGCCUAACCGCCCCCCCCCCCAAUCUCCCCUUCCUCUCCAUCCCCCCCUUCCCUCAAGCCCAACUUCUCUCCAGGCUGUUUCUUUUUUUUAUGACUGUAAACAUAGAUAGUGCUUUAUUUUGUUAAUAAUAAGAUAAUGAUGAGUAACUUAACCAGCACCUUUCUCCUGUUUACACUUGGGGAAUUUUUUUGUUUUCUGUUGGCAUAAUAAAGACAGACCAUUUCAGAA